GUCUAUGGAGAAAGACAAGUGAUAUGAGUGUAGUUGUUAUAUGCUUGUUGUUCACUUCCAUAUUCACCAACACAGAUUCAUUAACCAACGAACAAGAAAAGGAUCGAAUCAAGGCGUUGCCAGGACAGCCGGAGGUGGCGUUUUCCCAGUUCUCCGGCUACGUUACCGUCCACAAAAAACAUGGUCGAGCUCUUUUCUACUGGUUAACUGAAGCUGCAACUCACAAUCCACUCGAGAACCCUCUUGUUCUUUGGCUCAAUGGAGGACCAGGUUGUUCAUCAAUAGCAUAUGGAGCAUCAGAAGAAAUUGGACCAUUCAGAAUUAACGAGACUGCCUCUUCCCUCUAUCUCAAUAAAUAUUCAUGGAACAAACAGGCAAAUAUUCUCUUUCUUGAAUCUCCGGCUGGUGUUGGGUUUUCGUAUACAAAUAAAAGCUCGGACCUAAGGGACUCGGGUGACAAAAGGACCGCAAGGGAUGCACUAACAUUUCUCAAAAGAUGGAUGUCAAGAUUUCCUCAAUACAGAUACAGGGAUUUCUACUUAUCUGGGGAGAGUUAUGCAGGCCAUUAUGUUCCACAAUUAGCUAAGAAAAUCCAUGAUUACAACAAGAAUCAUUCCAAUCCAUUCAUCAACCUAAAAGGGUUCAUUGUUGGAAAUGCAGUGACAGAUAUCAAGUAUGAUAAUAUUGGGACGGUGGCGUAUUGGUGGAGCCAUUCGAUUAUCUCGGAUUCAACCUACAAAUCGAUCAUGAGUUCUUGCAAAUUCACAUCAGCAAAAUACUCCCAAAAUUGCGAUGAUGCAAUCAAUUAUGCGUGGAAUUAUGAGUUCGGAGAGAUUGAUCAGUACAGCAUUUACACACCUUCUUGUAACAAAUCAUCACGUAAUCUUACUACAAACAUUAGCAGUAGAGUCAAGAACACUCUUGUACGUAUUUCUGGCUAUGACCCUUGCAUCGAGAACAACGCAGAGAAGUAUUAUAACAGGCCUGAUGUACAACAUGCAAUGCAUGCAAAUUCCACUGGGAUUUCCUACAAGUGGACUGCCUGCAGUGGUGAACUUCUAGACAACUGGAAGGAUUCAGAGUUUUCAAUGCUACCAACUUACAAGAAGUUAAUUGCAGCUGGUUACCGAAUAUGGAUGUUCAGUGGCGACACAGAUUCGGUUGUGCCAGUUACUGCCACAAGAUUUUCACUGAGCCAUCUCAAUCUCACUGUUAAAACUCGGUGGUAUCCGUGGUACUUGAAUGGCCAGGUUGGAGGAUGGACAGAAGUGUAUGAUGGAUUAACCUUUGCAACAGUUCGAGGAGCUGGUCAUGAAGUCCCUUUGUUGCAACCUCAAAGAGGGUUUCUCCUAUUUCAAUCGUUCUUGGCUGGCAAAAACUUACCAAGAUCAUGAUCAGAAGAAUAUAUAUAGAUUUAUUACUAAGAUCUUUGAAUCAACCAACAGAAAAACUUGUGGGUUCGUAAGUACAUAUAGAAAUCAUUGAUUUGUUUGAAGUUUGAUUGAUGGAAAUUGUUGUGUUCAUAAGAUUCAUUAUUAUUGACAGAUUUAUAAAGUUGAAUGUU